AUGAAAGGGUUUAAAUGUAAUACCACACAACAAGAUAAUGCAAUUAAUACACUAAAAGAUAUUGUCAAAAAAAGAACACGUAAAUUUAGUCCAUCAGUUCAAGCUAAAGUGGAACAUUCUAUAUCAAAAGUAUUUGAUGAUAAUGAAAGAGAUAUUUUAGAACAUGGCUUAAAUCUUGAAAAUAAUUCUUAUACACAACCAGAUUUUAAAGAAAAGAUGUUAGCAAAAUGGAAUACAACCUACUCUCCUACAAAUGUACAGAAACGAAGAAAAAGUAUGGGACCAACACAAAUUCUUGAAGCAGCAUUAAAAAAUGCAAAAGAAUCAAAAAAUAAAGAGCUUGCCAAUGAGUUAACAUCAAAAAUUAAGAUGUCAAAACUAAUUGAUGAUAAAAGUUACAGAGAUAAUUUUAUUAAUCAAGCUGGUGAAGUUUAUAAGAAACAACUUAGUGGAGAAUAUUCAAAAGAAAAAAGAAAAACUUGGAAGGAAGAUAUUGCAAAGGCAAUGAAAAAAAUACUUGGAGGAGAAAGUUCAGGAGAUAAAAUAAAACAAGAGAUUAUCAAACGAUUACUUCAUAGGCACGAAAAACUAACACAAGGUGGUGAUAACAGGAAAGGUAAUAAUUAUAUUAAUAGUAUUAGUGAAAAUGAAACAGAUAAAUUAACCAACUCUCAAGUCCGUGUAGGACCUAAUCAUGAAGGAAGUAAACCUAAAUUAUUAACAAAAGCACAAAGAAAAAGUAAAAAAGAAGAAAUAAUAAAAAACAGUGUAAACGAGAAGAAAAAUAAAAAGAUAACCCAAGUUAGAAAGAGUGAGAUUGAAAGAAGGUUAGAUAAAGAAAUUGCACAAGAAAUGAAAAGACAAAUAAUUAUCAAAGAACGAGCUAGAAAAAAGAUUUUAAGUGAAAUUAAAAGGGAGUAUAAUCAAAAAAAGAUUAGAAGAACAACAAAACAAGAAGAAAGAGAGAAGGAAAUUAAAAAAAUAAGAAAAUUAAGAGAUAAGUUAGACUACGUUUUUGCUAAAAGAGAAAGUGAAGAAAAAGAUAUUAAAAUGAAUAAAAGGAUUAGAGAAUUAAAAAUAAUGGUUUCAGAUCACUUCUUUAAAAGAAAACAACUAAGAAAGAUAUAUAAUAAAAUGAAAUAUUCAGUUGAUCCAAUUCAACAAGUUAAUAAACUUGUUGAACUCUACCACAAACAAAAUAAAAUGAUGGGAAUUCAUUCAAUCGAUGAUAUCUAUGGUGAUAUGAACAGCAAUAUCCCUCUUCUCAGAAAAGAAGAAAGAAAACUUCUUCGUCGUAUGGGAAUUAAAAAAAGGCAAACUAUAGACUAUGAUGAUGUUAUUCCAACUCCUCCUAAUGAAGACAUUGAUAGUCCAGAGGAAAAAAUAACAAAAUUAGAAAGGCAAGUAAAUCAACAAAAAUGGAAACGGUGUGGUUGUGAAGUGAAUUACCGUAAGAACUUUUAA